CGCGCGCCGCGGCCCCCGUCAGACGAUGGCCGCCUCCCCCGUCAAGCGCCAGAGGAUGGAGUCGGCGCUGGACCAGCUGAGGCAGCACACCACCGUCGUGGCCGACACCGGGGACUUCAACGCCAUCGAAGAGUACAAGCCCCAGGAUGCCACCACAAACCCGUCCCUCAUACUGGCCGCUGCCCAGAUGCCCGCCUACCAGAAACUCGUGGACGACGCGGUGGACUAUGGGAAGAAGCUGGGGGGAUCUCAAGAGGAACAGGUCAAGAAUGCCAGCGACAAGCUUUUCGUCCUGUUCGGGGCCGAGAUCCUGAAGAAGAUCCCCGGCCGGGUGUCCACAGAAGUCGACGCGAGGCUGUCUUUCGACAAGGAUGAGAUGGUGAAGAGAGCCAGGCGCCUCGUCGACCUGUACAAGGAGGCGGGAAUCGGCAAGGACCGCAUCCUCGUCAAGCUGUCGUCCACGUGGGAAGGGAUCCAGGCCGGGAAGACCCUGGAGGAGGAGCACGGGAUCCACUGCAACAUGACCCUGCUGUUCUCCUUCGCCCAGGCCGUGGCCUGCGCCGAGGCGGGCGUCACCCUCAUCUCGCCCUUCGUCGGCCGCAUCCUGGACUGGCACGUGGCCAACUCGGACAAGAAGUCCUACGAGCCGUCAGAGGACCCGGGAGUGAAAAGCGUCACCAGGAUCUACAAUUACUACAAAAAGUUCGGGUACAAGACGAUCGUGAUGGGGGCUUCCUUCCGCAACACCGGCGAGAUCAAGGCCCUGACGGGGUGCGACUACCUCACCAUCUCCCCGAAGCUCCUGGGGGAGCUCCUCAAGGACACUUCCAAGCUGACGCCCGCGCUCACCGUCAAGGAGGCCCAGGCUAGUGACUUAGAGAAGAUCCACCUGGACGAGAAGGCCUUCCGCUGGCAGCACAACGAGGACCAGAUGGCCGUGGAGAAACUCUCCGACGGGAUCCGCAAAUUCGCCGCCGACGCCGUGAAGCUGGACGGGAUGUUGAAGGAACGGAUGUUCAGCGCCGAAAAUGGGAAAUGAACGUACGGCCCUGGCGACGAGCGGAGGGGCUGACCCGUCUCCCCCGGUGAGCGGCGGACGCGGCCGUCCGGCAGAGAUCCCCUUUGAUCGAUGAGUUCUGCUUUUUUUUCUUCCUUUUUAAUGAGCAUCCAGAGGGACGGAUCAAGCAUUUUCAAUUUUUACAUGGAGAGGUUUGCCCGGUGCAUUAAAACGGCCACUUCUUGGGCGUAGCU